UGCCGCGGUUGCAGGAAGCCCGGCUCGAGUGGGCAUUCGCGAAAAAGGAAAUGCUCAGACAGGAGAUGGGUGAUGCGGCGGGGAGAGUGAUAUUUGCGGCUGGGUCGUCGAGUAAUAUCGCGGGAGAGAGGACCACGACCAGCUCGUGGUCCGGAAGUUCUUUUAGUCGGGAUAGUAAGGCAGGCGGCGCAACAGCUUCUACUUCGACUGACAAGGGGACUGUGAGGAGAAUUAUUCCGGCGUACGACAGAAGUGAUCUGCAGGAGAUGAAUUCCAUUUCCACCUCCGGACGUAUAGUGAGGAGCAACAGUGUAGAAGAUAUCAGUGAAGUAAUCUCGUCGUCGCAAGAUCAUGACAAGUAUGCGGACGAUCCCUUUAUCACGUGGGCGGAUAACUCGAACUUCCUCCGCCCCGCCAAGGAAUUCGCGACGGAUCUGCAGCAUUUGGCGGCGUGGGCUCUGACCAGCGAAAUCACGUUUAAUUUGCGGCGGAGAACGGCCGAUGAGUUGCAGAAGUUCAUCUUUGCAGGGUCGGGCGAAGAUUUGGCGCAGGUACUAGUGGGGUGUUCUACUACUUCGGCUGGGCAACAAAAAUUGACUGCGGCAUCCGGAGGUGGACGAAGUGGCACAGAGGAGGAUUUUUGUGCAUUAACAAGCUCCAGCUGCACAUCGUCGUCCUGCUCCCCCUCAUCCUCCUCUACUUCACCCUUGGUAGCAGUCCAACCACUCAACCCCGCCUGCACACUCGGCUUCGCGCUGCGGCAGCUGCGUUUUAAACUCUCCGAGGAGAACUUCGAGGAAGUUCUCGCUCCAAAGGUGAGGCGGGUUAUCUACGCGGUAGUCAUCCGGCAAUUACUCCUAGACGGCGUUUCGAGCACGAUCCGCGGGUGCAAAACACGGAACGACGUCCGGGAAAAACUUUCGCAGCUGCAGAAAAAGUUGGCGUUUUGUCUGCAGCCACUGGAUUACCGCCGAAGCAGCAGUCGGUGUAGCAAAACGCAGGAAUCUAGUACUUGUUCUCGCGACGGAGACGAAGUUGAGGAGAAAGCGCAUGUAAAAGCUGGCUCAGCUGCAGGUGGACAUCAUCAAGUGAGGACAGAAGAUGCUGCUGCAGUCAGUACUUCUUCUGGUUGUGAAGACGCUGUGCGGCGCAUGUUGAAGCGGAAACGAAGGCGAAAGACGAUUUCUGUUGCAGAGCAGGACCAUCGCCCGUCGUUUCAACAGCCAGUCGAACUGCCACUGAAGGAUUUUUCGUUUUCCAACCUGAUUGAAGGAGAUCAUGUUGGUGGUGAAGAAAAAAUCGGCACGAGUCAGCACGACUACAGUACCACAUCAACGCCCCACGGCAGCAGGAGCGCACCUCCAACGCCUCACAAUACUAACUGCGUCGGCGCGCCGGACGACAGAUUUUUUUCCGAAAUCCAAGUUUUGUUGGAGGAACUCGAAAGAACGACAAGCAGCUCUCAACAAACCACUCCGCGAAGCAGUGGUCCGGAUAUAAUUGAUUCGCGCUUCCACAACAUCCACACCUUUAUCCUUCGCCACGCAAUCCCGGAGUCUUUUGUGGACGGGUUGGCUAGAGUUCUGCUUUUGUCACGAUCCGAACGCCACCAGCUCGUCGCGGAGUGUAAAAAUGGGUAUAUCAGAAGAAGACGAACAGCUGGAAGUAGCACCAAAGCGGACCGACAGGAACAAACAGGAACAUCAAGUGCGACGAGUUGUACAAGUGAUCUGUCCUCAGGUGCUCUGAUUUUCGAGCAUCUCUUUCGCCCGUUGCCUAUUGAGGAACUGGUCACGCUAGAUCGGGUGGAGGAGGAAAGGGAUGACAAGCCGCCGUAUGAACUACACUCCGCUUUAGUUGCAGCUGGAGGCACCGAACUACAAACUUUUCUCGAAGGUGACGGCAACACGGAGCGAAAACAAGGAGUCCACUCCUGCGCUUCCCGUCCCCUAGUUUCGAUCCUCCAAAAAACAAAAAGCGGCUGUUCCGCUUCACCAGGUAGACGAAGCGAAGGCUACGAGUUGUCGACAUCCUUUGUAUUCCGGAGGAGGAUCGAAGUGGAAAGAGAUGGUGCAGAGCAUCAGAAAACCUACCUCCGCCUUCUUGACGACGAUCCAGAUGUGAGUUGUUGGCGUGAAGUGCGGCGACACGAAGCUUUAAGUCCUUGUGUCUCGAAGGUUGAGGUGGUUUCUUGCACUGGCGCGGCACUGCCACUGCCCGCGAGCGAACUACACGUCGACCAGGUAGCUGUAGCAGGAGAAGAAGAUGAGAGCAGCACAACAACUCCGGAAGUAGGUGCAGCAGCAGUUUCAAAUCAGCCUGUUUCGGUUCCGCCCGGUGCGAGUCCGGUGACCUGGCUGAUUCAUUUUCCGACUCCCGCCGCGAGGGAGGAGUUUUUUGCUGGGCGGCAAUUAUCCCGCUCGUCUAAUAUCUCCGAGGGCCGCGGCGAAGGAGGUUUGAAUAGGGGGCCCGUGGCUGCACCGACUACUGCAAAAAUGAGGACUUCUUCAUUCAGGAGUACAGGAGCAGGAGACUAUGUCGCUCUCAAGAGUAGAACAAGCGCUCGACUGCUGGAACCACUGGCCACGACAACUACAGAUGUUGGCGAUUCAUCAGAAUCGAGAGGAACACCAGCUGCAAAGGCAACAUCACACGAGCUCCCCCACCUGGACUUUCGGGACCUUUUCUCGUUGAAAUCGAACGCGGACGAACGUGAGCUGGGAUCAGGAGGAGAUUAUGGAUCUUCGCGCGCAGGAGCCCCAGCCGCGGGAGGUGGCCGUUCGAAAGAACCGCCUGUAGUUUUCUCGAAGAUGAGCAGUAAGAUGAUGCUAAAAGAUCGGUUGAUCCGCGAGAUUGUUUCUGACGUCGAAAGCAAACUCGAUAAAGAUCUCGGCCCGAGGAAGCGCGAUAUGCUGCUUGGGAGGACGUAUUGACAGAUCUUCAGUGGAGGUAGGCGUAUGCGUAUGUCUACUGUGCAACAAUCUCUGUGCGUGGUACUACUACACGUGAAGAACAAAAAGAACAAAG